GGUAAAUACCUUUUUUUUCUUUUUUAUUUCAUAUAUUUGAGGAUUAUUUUUGGUCGUUACUAUCGAAUGUUUACUUAUGCUAUUUACCUAGUUUCAUUUUGUUGUGCAAUCCCUAAAGUACACACCUCCAUCAAUAAUCUUAUAAAAUUUGUCUUUAACUUCAACCACAUUUAAAGCGAUUAUCCACACGAAACUGUUUGGAUCUUAUAUGGUCAGAAAUUUUAUAUAAAAGUGUUCUUACAAAUUCUAAAAUGUCUGGAAGAGGAAGAGGUCGUGGUAGAGGAGGAUCAAGUCGUGGUAGAGGAGGAUCAAGUCGUGGCAGAGGAGGAUCUAGUCGUGGCCGAGGAAGUAGACGGGGUCGUGGAGGAUUUGGUCGCAGCCGAGGUUCAAGAUCACAGAAUUGUAGGUCGCGAUCGCCAUCACCUGACACUACUACAGAAGUGGCAGAGCCUUCGAUGGACGAUGUGAAGUCGUUUUUCAUGGGGAAAGUUUCUUUUGAGCAGCACAUCAAAGGACAAGAAGAAAACAGAGAUAAAUAUACUGCUGCAAUAUCUACAAUGAUGAACAGUGGUGUAGAUGUUGUACAAAAUGCAAGAGUACGUGCGUUAGCAGCAAGUUGGGCAAGAAAGGAUCAGGAGUUGGCCAGUGCUUUGAUUUCUGUCCGCAGUCAAUACACAUUUGUCGAAGUCUUGAAAGCAUUAACUAUCUUGGACGCUGGAAGGUCGGCACGUGUUGUUGAGAAAAAAAUCAAAAGGCUACAAUGUCAGAAAACAAAAGUGUCACCCAAGAAGCUCGGGAAACUAAAAUCAGAGCAUGACAAUUUGUUAGCUCUUAAACCCAACACCGGAACAGCAACUGGUGCCGUUGUAAAGCAGGUGAGAAAAUGGGUCAAGACGUUUACAAAAGACGAACUGGAGUUCUUCGCUUUACAUUUUCCCGUAGACCCUUGGAAGAAACUUGCGGAUAUUUGUCACUUCAAUCCUGAAAAAGUAAGUAUUCUUGAAUAAUGCCCUACCUCCCAA